AUGCAUCUGUUUCGGAAGGCGUGGUCUUCUCAGCGUACAUCUCGAACAGUUCUCAGAUACCUCUCUACUAACAACAAUGUAUCCGAUUUGUCCAAAAUCCGUAAUAUUGGUAUAUCUGCUCACAUUGAUAGCGGCAAAACAACACUUUCGGAGAGAAUCCUUUUUUAUACAAACAGAAUAAAUGAAAUGCAUGAAGUUAAAGGAAAAGAUGGAGUCGGAGCCGUAAUGGAUUCAAUGGAACUGGAAAGACUUCGCGGUAUUACGAUCCAGUCAGCAUCAACAUUUACUACUUGGAAAGACUGUACCAUAAAUCUCAUUGAUACGCCUGGCCAUGUUGAUUUUACUGUGGAAGUUGAAAGAGCACUUCGAGUACUCGAUGGUGCAGUCCUCGUAUUGUGUGCUGUUGGUGGAGUCCAAUGUCAAACCCUCACAGUAACCAGGCAGAUGGAACGUUAUAAAAUACCACGGCUUGCAUUUAUAAAUAAACUCGACCGACAGGGAGCAGAUCAUGUUCGUGUUCUGAAACAAAUAAGAUCUAAGCUCAAUUUUAACUCAGCCUUUAUUAAUAUUCCUAUGAGUAAAGAAACUAACAGUACAGGAAUAAUUGAUCUGAUUGGUGAGACAGCUGUUUACUUUGAGGAGCCAUUCGGUUUAACUGUAAGACAAGAUGCUAUUCCAUCAUCGAUGUUAGCUGAAACUAAAGAACGCCGAGCUGAAUUUAUUGAAUGUUUGGCCAAUGCCGAUGAUGAAAUAGGCGAAGCAUUUUUAUCAGAAAAACCAAUUGAUCAAGCAACCUUAAAAGCUGCUGUACACAGAGCUACACUGUCGCAUCGAUUCGUUCCUGUUUUAGUUGGAUCAGCCUUACGCAACCGUGGUGUGCAACUGUUACUUGAUGCUAUUGUGGAUUAUUUGCCUAACCCAGGUGAAGUAACCUACCAUGCUUUGAAUGAAACUUCUGGUGAGCCUCAAAAGGUUCUUCUUAAACCACAACGAACUGAUGAAAAUCCAUUUUUGGGACUUGCUUUCAAACUAGAAGCAAGCAAAUAUGGUCAAUUAACGUAUAUGCGAAUCUAUCAAGGUUGUCUACGUCGUGGUGAUGUGGUGAAAAAUUCUCGUACUGGUCGUCGUAUAAAAAUAGCUCGCCUUGGGCGAUUAAAUGUUACUGACUUAGAAGACUUGGAAGCUGUUUAUGCUGGAGAUAUUGCUGCACUUUUGGUGUUGAAUGCUCAUCUGGUGAUACACUCGUUGAUGUAA